AUGUCAUAUGACGACAAAUAUAGACACUUCUCCAUGGCAAAGAUGAGACAAGUUUUAAAUAUUUACAAUAGCCGUAAACAAAAAGGUUUGGGAAACCACUCCCCCGAAGAAAUGAAAAACAACCCUGACUUAGAGAAAGACUAUAUAUUUAAUAAUUUAGUCAAAAGAGACAAACAAGAAAGAAUGCCGGGCUUCAAACUUAAGAAAGGCGACAAAGUAAAAAUAGAAAUACCUAAACGCGACCCAUAUGAAAAUACUAUUGACUAUGACAACAAUGGGAACCCGACAGGUACUCACAUUCGUGUUCGUAAAAAUAGAAGAAAGUAUACAAGAGAAUAUUAUGAAGUUUUAGGCAAACAUGGCAAAAUGUACAGACUGCAAGCAGAAGAUAAAACUACUAUUGUCAGACCUCGUUUCAAACUUGUCAAAGUUCAAGGUGGUAUACUUUCAAAGACAGUUCCUAACAAAUAUAAGACAACUCCUGACGAAUAUGCUAAAGAAGUUGAAAAUGACGACUAA